AGAAACUUGUUACUUUCUUCAAUUUUAUUUUUUUUCAUUGAAUGUCUUGGUAAUGUAAGGGAAGGGUUUGGCACAGCAGAACAAAUUUUGCAGUGCUGACGUUUGUAGCAACACCAAACAAUUUCCACCAUGAACACUUCUUCUGGAGGCUCGAGCACUGUUGCCAUUGCUGGCAGUGAGAGUGAUGCUGGUGAUGCAGAAUUUGAGCCAACAGCAGAAAUGAUGGUGGAUGAGUUUGAUGAUGAGAGAACAAUGGACGAAGCUGAGGCUGAAGCAGCAAUUGAGGGUGAAGACCAGGAAGAAGAAAUCAACAACUUGCACAAAGAACAAGACAUGCCAUUACAGGAUUUAUUAGCAUUAUAUGGAGGCGUGAGAGCUGUUGGAGGCUCCCAAGAAGAAGAGGAGGAGGAGGGGGAUGAUGAAGAGGAGGAAGAGGAAGACGAGGAUGAGGUGGAAGGAAUCAUGGAAGAUGCGCAUGAGGAGGUUGAAGAGGCGAUGAUCACAGCAGAUGUCGAUGGAAAUAAGGUGUGUGAGCGGGCGCCUGGUGCAAUCUCAGGUGGCAUCAGAGCAACUCUCCCCAUGACCGUGUCUCCUGUUGCUGGGGGCCUACGGUCACACUUUGCAGUAUCAGCAGAGACAGUGAGGGUAGGCAGUGAACGGCGAGGACGACGCAAGGAGAGCGACCUCAUCCAGCUCUACCCGGAGCUGGAGGCUAACGGAGACGCUGCUGGAGUGCAGCAUCGGGCGCUUAGAUCAUCUGGUCAACAAAGUGAAGAUGACGAUGACGAAGGGGCGGAUGGGGGCACCGCUGGUGGUGGGGGAGAGGGGGAGUCAGGAGAAGAGGGGGAGACUGAAGAGUAUCGUAAGACCAUCAUGAUAGGUUCAGCCUACCAGGCACAGGUGCCUGAGGGACUACAGGCCUAUGGACCAACGCCGCCCUAUGAGAACCAGGACAAGUUGCUGUGGGCCCCACACCUGCUGGCCAUUGAAGAGGUGGAGAAAUACCUUUACGCUGUCAACCAACCCAGCCCCGGCACCCAGGGCGUGGGUGCGCUGCCUUUAGGCUUCCACAUCAGAGAUGAUGAACAGGCGCUGCACCUGCUGCUGCAAUGUGGAGGCAACGUGGAAGAGGCUCGUCGACGCCUCAGUAUGAACCCUUCUCCACUGGCCUCCACCAUGACACUUUGGUCAGAGGAGGAGUGCAGGAACUUCGAGAACGGGCUUAAGAACUACGGCAAAGACUUCCAUCUCAUCCAGCAGAACAAAGUUCGGACAAGAUCUGUUGGGGAGCUCGUACAAUUUUACUACCUAUGGAAAAAGACCGAGAGACACGAUAUGUUUGCCACAAAAACACGCCUCGAGAAAAAGAAAUUCAUCGUUCAUCCUGGCACCACUGACUACAUGGACCGCUUCCUGGACGAGGGGGAGGGACUUCUGUCGCUCACUAGCAACAACAAUAACAACAGUAACACGUCCAACAACAACAAUAAUGGAGGGAGCAACAACAACAUCAGCAGCCAUGGUAACAACAGUAACAGUAGCAACGGUAGCGGCAACAACAAGACCAACAACAACAGUAAUAGUAGUAAUUGCGCUGUGAACUCUGAUAUCCAAAGUAGCAACACGACGUGUGGGCGACUACAAGGUUCUUCAGUGGACGAUAUUGAUGAGGUUAGUCAGAACUGUAACAACAGCAACAGCGUCAACAGCAAUAACGGAGUAAUCCUCUGUCGCAACAACAGCACAAGCAAUAUGAGCAGUAGUGAUAGCACCAACAAUUCAGGUCAUGUUGAAAGUUUUGCCAUAAACAGCAAUGGCAGCAGCAGCAACACUGACGUUAAUGGUGAACAAUCAAAUAACAAAGGCUCCAGUAGCAGCAAUGGUAUCGCCAUCGACAACGUGGCCGACGUGGUCACCAUCAAGAGUGAACCAGCGAGUCCUCACAUGUCUCCAUCAGAGCAGGGCCAGCAGAACCAACGUCGCUGGAGGGAGAACCAACGCCCUAAUGUAGCGAUGCAUGCGUUGCUCUAUGGCAGGCUGCCCGCAGGCUACCGCUCUCACAGCAUCAAGAACUGCGAUGGCACCUCCAUGAGCGUCGCCAAGUUCUUGCACGUGAACAACUUGACUUCUCUCGUCACUAAUCAAGAACACAAUCAUCAAUCAUCUCUUCCGGUAACGGCAAAUACGAGCGACACUAUCGACGACAAGAUGGACGUCGACGAGUCAGACGAUGUUCCUGCAAUUGCUGCUGCAUCAUCUUCCAGUGUCAUAGUCUCGACAGCUGCUGCCACAGUCGCCACAGCUGCGGCCACAGUCGUCACAGCUGCUGCCACAAUGUCCACAGCUGCUGCCACAGUCUCCUCAGCUGCAGCUGUUGCCACAGUCUUAACAGCUGCUGCCACAGUCACCACAGCUGCUGCCGCAGUCACCACAGCUGCUGCCUCUGUCUCAACAGUUGGGAGCAACAGCUCUCCUGCUGGCAUUGGUGUCUUGAGAGAAGGCGCCACUGUUUUCAAUGCCGGCGUAAACACGACCAAGACUAAAGUAAACACAACGGCUUCUGUAAGUGCGCCUCUGUCAGCUUCUUCGAAUGGGAUAUAUACUUCUGCUGCAUCCAUCUCACUUGGCAUUGACAGUAGUGUUAACAAAAGCAACCGAAUUGUCAGUAACCAGAACAACGUAAGCGUCAAGGACACUAGUGGCAGCAAGAAACCUGCUGCUGCCGUGCCACUAAAAGCUUCAAGUCCUCGAAUCCUGAAAACGUCUUCCUCAAAACCAUCGGCAAAAAUUGAUCUCAUCGCCCAGAGCUUGAGUCGUGAAAAGUCAUUGGCCUCGACCACAACAGGGAAUAGCCAAGAACCAACUCUGUCAAGUACCAACGUAAAUCCCUCAGCGGAUUCCAUUGUCUCAUCCGUCAAACCUUCACUUACUUCAAUGUCGGUUUCACCGCGCUCAACAACUUCGCUGUCCACUCCGGAAACUUUGAUCUCUUCCGUGUCAUCUACGAGUGUUUCAACACCUAUUACUUCUACAGCCUCAGCACCAUCAACUGUUUUGUCAACUCUACCCUCUUCAACCGUGUUGACGGUGUCUUCUGCGUCUACAAAAUCUACAAAAGUAAUAUCAACUUCGAUAAAAUCCCCGGCUUCUGAUGCAUCCCUGAACAAAAUUUCUGCCACAGAUCAAUGUACUGAUGACAAGUUAGCCGCGAAAUGCGACCCUUUCGCUGGCGUGGGUGUGGUCAGUGUGGCUAAAAGCGCCAGUUUAUGACCUCCUCUUAUCUUCAGUUCUAUCCUGUGAGUGCCUUGCCACUUGAAUAUUUCCAGUAUAUUUUUGAGAACGAACCAGAAAUCCUUUAAAAAGGGGAUUUUAUUUUUAUUUUUUUUUUGUAGUCUGAUUUAUUUUCGUGAUUGUGGGUGACUCGUUCUGUAUUGUUAAUUGUAUGGUUUCCUAAUCACUUCCUGCAAAAUUUAUUUUUAUUUUUAGCACUAAUUCUGGAAAUCGUAAUCAAGAAUUUUAGGUUAACCUUGGAAUCAUUGAUCUAAAAUUUAACCAAUUUAGAGUUCAUCAAUCCUGCCUCACAAUUGGAAAUGUUCUAUCUCUCAUUUUUCAAUUUCCUCUUUGAUAUUUCCCUCUCCAUUUAGUUUGCUUACUGCCAGUAAUUUUUUGUCACCACUCGCAGGUCGACGCACGAAUUUGUUUAUGCUAGAGCUCUCAUGACUCCUGCUUUUUCCUCUCAAUCACAUUAUAUCGUUUGUCUUUGAAGUCUUAAAUGGAAGCAUCUCUUUUGUCGAAGCGCAAUUUGUUAAAAGAUCUUAUUUUACACAGUAACCAACUUUGUAGUGGACUUGUAAAUCAAUCAAUGCUAUGGUAAUGUUACUGCUGCAGUCUUAUAUUUAAAAUGUUUAAUCAAUGAUUGAUGCAGACAUGAACAUUCUCUUGUCAAGUUAUUUUUUUUUACUACAAAGGAAAGUUUCCCCAACACUCUCAGCCUCACGACCGCGUAAGCAAACCUAUUUUGAAGCGGAUCAAGACAGUUCAAUGCGGAUAAAUUUUUUUUGACUAUUCAAACCCUGUCAUAUUAUGCUACUCGUGGAUACGGAUAGCAAUUUCCUCCUUUCAGAUUUGGAUCUUCGUUAAAGUAUAUUCACUGUGGAUAUUGAUAAAAGAAUUAUUUUUCAAAUUGAAUGGUGUUAUACGCUUAACAGAGGAGUAUAAAUCAAGCUAUCAUGAGACCGUGAGAAGUUCUUUAAAUUAAGGAGGCGUACGCGUGAAAGUUGUUCCCGUCAUUGAGGCGUUUUAACAAUACGUUUUAGCCACAUUCUCAUAUCAAUGAUGAUUCUUUUGAAUUUUUGCUCUUCUAUCACUAUUUCGUCUAGAUGUUUUUGUCUCUAUUCUCUGUAACAAACAUGAUGCAUUGAUAGGUUGUAAAUUUUCGAUGCGUAAAUAUUUUCUUUGUCAACUAUAUUAGUUGACAUUGAUCACAUGUCAAAUAUAUUAGCUGGCAUGCGAAUUUACUAUCAAUUGAUUGUUAUUGCAAAGCUGAUAAAAGGACAACAAUUGAGUGCCACAUUGUUGAAGCUACGAUUUGGGUAGCCAUGAUUUGAAAAAGAUCAAGUUAAGGGUUCUAAUUAUUUUCGUGGCUAGAACCAAGCGUCGUCUGUGUAGAGUUCCUUCUUUAUAACGCAGUCCGCACACCAAGUUAAUAAUGACGAUACUAUUUUUCAUCACUUCAUCACCUCCCUCCAGUGAUUUGCUCCAGAUAUAAUUUGAAAACACUGUAUAUAUUACAAUUAGAAAACGAUACAGUUUACCCUCGAAAAUGAUAGGUCCUAUUGCUUAUGGUUAUUCAUACAUUGCUGGUGUAUUAAUCGGCCUGUAAAGUGAAUAGAUGAUGUACUAUUUAGCCAUUGUCAACAUCUUGGUUCAUGAUUAUCUUCAUAACUACAAUGAUUCAUUACGUAGCAUCAUUAGGUUUGUUGAUAAUCUAGGAUACCGCGUUUAUGAAUACUGGAAUCAUAAAUGAUGUCUCAGGUUUCUGCAUUGUUGAUGUUCUUUGAAUUCUGUGCUGAGAAGUUCGAAAAAUGUUCGACGUCAAAAAUCUAAUGUUAUCAAAUGUUGUUUCCGCUGAUUAGGGCUACUGGCUGCGUUCAUGGAGUCUACAAAUUUGUACAUAAUGUUGAGAGUACAAAUAUUAGAUGGAGUUAUUCUGUCUCGUACACAUAUUAUUAUUAUAGCUACUGGUUUUCGUCAUGUAUUUGGCCGUUUUUUUUCUAAACUUACGAAUGAUGUUCUCAUGUAACUUGCAGUUACUACGCGCACUUCGAGUAACUUUCAACCUAGAAAGGUUCAUGGAUGUUUCGUAGACGUUGAAUCGAAAAUGCGGUAUCGUUGGAAGGUACAUUAGGCUUACGUUCAUAAUUAGAGGCCAACACAAGAGUUAAGGGCGAUUUUAUCUUGCUAAUCACUAUUUGAAAACGUUUAGUGCUUCAUUUCUACAUUGCUGUCUUAGUUUAUCUUGAAUUAUGUCUAGCCACAUACAAGGUAGCGAUAACUACUCGCCCGUCACUAGUUAAUCUUCCUCGCUUAUUCUUGUGUAUUGCUUCUCUAACUGGUAAGAUAUUAGGUUACUUCUCAUGCUAUUGAUUGUUUUUUCUCUAUUUAACGUUAGGAUUCACGUUCUGUGCGACACCAUUGAUAUUUCACACUCGGAGACACGAGUGAAAUUUUGUA